UAUCUGUUCAUAUGAGCUAGUUCAGUGAGCUACCAUAUUCAUGAUAUCGGUUUAGCAAAGAAAAUAAAGAAAUUUUCACGUCAUCCACGCUGUCUGACAUAAGGAUACCAACAUUGGAAGUAACGUGUCCUUCGCCGUCGCCGCCCACCGUCGAUUUGCUGCUCAGUUCUGCAAAUUCCGUUUGCUAUCUAGCGUAAUCUACUGCAGUUACAACAACAAACGCACGGGAGAACGGCUUUCAUUUGCAACAACAAUACUUAGGUCCUCCCACAGGGGGCCACAUUUCAUUCGUAGUCACCCUGUUCGACUCGGUCAAUUCUAUAACACCAAUCUUGCUGCGUGGACUCAUCCAACAACAGAAUCAUCAUCUCCUGAAGAAUCGGAAGUAUAUUCACAAAAACAUAAAGUAGACAAUAAUUCACUAGCAGCAGAUAUGACAUUGCCAAGCGCUGCUCGCGUUUAUACAGACGUGAACGCUCACAAGCCAGAUGAAUAUUGGGACUAUGAAAACUAUGUGGUCGAUUGGGGCAAUCAGGACGAUUACCAAUUGGUACGCAAAUUGGGACGCGGCAAGUACUCUGAGGUAUUUGAGGCUAUCAACAUAACGACAACCGAGAAGUGUGUGGUCAAAAUACUGAAACCCGUAAAAAAAAAGAAGAUCAAGCGCGAAAUCAAGAUUUUGGAGAAUUUAAGGGGUGGCACCAAUAUUAUAACGCUUUUAGCUGUCGUCAAGGAUCCCGUGUCCCGCACCCCUGCCUUGAUCUUUGAACACGUGAACAAUACAGACUUUAAGCAACUCUAUCAAACACUAACAGACUACGAGAUACGCUACUAUUUGUUUGAGCUAUUAAAGGCCCUUGAUUACUGCCACAGCAUGGGCAUUAUGCAUCGCGAUGUCAAGCCACAUAAUGUGAUGAUCGACCAUGAGAAUCGAAAAUUGCGUCUCAUUGAUUGGGGUCUCGCUGAAUUCUAUCAUCCCGGUCAAGAGUAUAAUGUGCGUGUGGCAUCGCGAUACUUUAAGGGUCCCGAACUUCUGGUCGAUUAUCAGAUGUACGAUUAUUCACUGGAUAUGUGGUCAUUGGGUUGCAUGCUAGCGUCGAUGAUAUUUCGCAAAGAGCCAUUCUUCCAUGGUCAUGACAAUUACGAUCAACUAGUGCGAAUUGCCAAGGUGCUGGGCACCGAAGAACUGUAUGCCUAUCUUGAUAAGUACAAUAUUGAUCUUGAUCCGCGAUUUCAUGAUAUCCUACAACGUCAUUCACGCAAACGCUGGGAGCGCUUCGUUCAUUCUGAUAACCAACACUUGGUAUCGCCGGAAGCAUUAGAUUUUCUGGAUAAACUUUUACGUUAUGAUCAUGUUGACCGUCUCACUGCUCGCGAAGCUAUGGCGCAUCCAUACUUUUUGCCAAUUGUCAAUGGACAGGUUAAUCCAAACAACCAGCAAUAAAUAAAAAAAAGGAUGAUUCCCCUAUUGUAAAGUAAACAGAAAAAACAAGCCGCAUGAUUAAGUUAAAUGAAGAAUUUCUGUGCUAAAGUUUAUAAUAAGAAGAUAACAUGCAACAUAAUUACUGAGUCCAAAAUUUAAUCAACUUAUACUGAUUGAUUUCCCAUAAACCUACCACAACACAUAUGAUACAAUGAAUGAAAGUCAUUUCUGUUACAAAGUUUAACAAGUUUCAAACUGCAAAAGUAAUUAUAUUUUAAAAUUAUGAUUACAAAUUCAUACACACAACAUGCUUAAAACAGAAUUUCAAGCUACAUUAUAAUUAAAGUAUAUUUAUAUCAAUAAUUAUAAAUAUAUAAUCCAAUAAAUCUCCAAUUUCUAACAAAUCCUUAGAACCUAUUAAUAAUAAAUUUUCAGAUAUUAAUCAUAUAGUAACGUACAUUCAGCCCAUCAAAAUAGAUAAAAGAGGAUAGAAAUAAAGGAAUGCAUUCAAUUUUUUUACGACUUCCAGAUGUCUAAAAUUGUAUUAUAUACGGAACGGAAUCCUUUACAAUUAAUGGAAAAAUUUAAAAAAAAAUAACUAAAUAACGUUAAAUGCUUAUCAUGUUUCCGUGUUCCUAUAUAUUUUUUGUGUAUUUAGGGCAUAAAUACUUAUAUGGUCGUAGUUUUCUAAUUUUAUUUUUUAACAUUUUUAAUUUAGAAUUUUUGGCGUAAUUUAACAAUGAAAUCAACAUUUAGUUUAUAUAAACAGUGUCAAGUCAACAUCGUUAUAUCACUAACCAACGAAUACAUACAUAUGUAGAUAUGUCAAACAACGAAAAAAGUGGUUUCACUGAAACCUGCAUUAUUAGCACCUCAUCCCAAAGCAUGACACCCGCUAAGCGGGUUUGAAUUUGUACGUUUAAUAUGUACAUAUGUACACCGAAUAAAGUCAACUGUAUUUGCUCGUGUCGUAGAUGUUUUGCAAAUUACAAGCGCAAUUCCAAGGACUGUCUUAGGUAGUUGAUAGUUUGUUAGCAAGACACGUUUGCCAAAACUCAAGAUGUUUCGUCUGCAUUCCCAUUAUAUCUAAAAUAAACAGGUAAGAAGUGCACUGACGACUGUAAAAUAACCGCUACUCAUUUUUAAUAUAUGAAGAACAGUGUAUUCUGAAAAUACAUAUAUGAAAAUCUACUAACGGCAAUAUUUUGUAUACCGAUGUAUUACUACUACUAUUUUCAAAAUAUAUUAUAUCAUAAAUUAAAAAAUUACCAGAUUAUCAACCAAAGUUAUAUAAAGCUAUUUCGUAAAUAACUUCUAACAUUUUCGUUUAAUGGCACUAACUUUAUUCUAGAAUUAAAAAGACGCUCACUUUUCGCUCUUUAUCGAUUUGUGAUUGAACAUAGAUAAUCUUUUCAAAAUCUUUCUGAAAAAUGGACGGUUUGACAAAACAAUACCAAUUUGAUGAUGGCAAAUUGUACAUGCAACCAUAACGUCGUCUGUUCAGCUAAGUUCACAGCAAAAUUAUUAAUUUUAUAAAAUGAGCAUUUCCAAACUGGCGGUACGCUACGACAAAUGCUAAACAAAAAUAAAUCAACUGUUGCCUGAAUAUAGUUUCAUUUAUAUAUAUUAUAUGUAGCAUUGCAGCAUCACUAUUAAAUUAAUUUUGUGGAAAUCACCACAACUGAUCCAAAGUUAUAGAUUUGAAAUGAAGUUUUGAGGUUGUCUCAAUUCUUUAAUUGAAUUAUUAAUUAUUUUUUAGCAUUUUGGUUAGGUAAACGAAACAUCUGAGUCAAAUAAAAAAGUUUUGUCAAAUAUAUAAAAUACUAGAUUUUUUUGUAUAUAUUCUUGUUAUUAUUGAAUUUUGAUGAUGAACCUUUGGGUUACCAGUUUUCUUGUACUUUUUAUCAUUGGGCGACCGUAAUGACCAUUGUUGGGUUAGAAUGGCUUGUGUUUUUCGAACUAGAUGCGCAGAAGCUAAGGUGUAUCUUUUUGUGCUUGGCUAUUAAACAGGUUGAUCAUUUCGACUAAAAAUGGUUCUUUGAAUGGGCUUUUUGGAUGAGAGGUUUUUUGCUGUUGUUAGUUUAGAAUUGAAGAGCCUAAUUGAGAUUGAGGCGGUUUGCUCUUUGUUUUAGUGGCGUUCUUUUGGUUUCAAUGAGCCAUCUGAAUUUUCACCCUAGUUGCCUUGUGGAACUCAUGUACUAAUCGUUUGGUCGUCGGAAAUAGCACAGAAAAUUCUACAAUCUGCAUCUGCUUCUGAAAAUUAUAUAAUACCUUAAAAAUUCGGAUAGUGUUUUUAUACCCGCUACCCAUAGGGUAGAAAAGUUAUAUUUUGUGCCGGCAGGAAAUGGAAGAAGGUGGCAUCUCCGACCGUAUAAAGUAUGUACAUAUGUAUAUUCUUGAUCAAACCAAAACCAAAUUUUAAGGAAUCACAAUUACCAUAGUUAUUACUGUACAUACCAAAAUUCUCAGCUCUAGCUCUAAAGUUAAGCUUGUUAUUCGAUUUUUUUGAUUUGCGGGGGCUGAAGUGGGCGUGGCAAAAAUUUGAAACAAACUUGAUCUGCGUGCAAACAUAACAAAUGCUGUCGGAAAAAAAGAUAACUCUAUCUCUUAUAGUCUCUGAGAUCUAGGUGUUCAUACGGACAGAUGGACAUGGCUAUAUCGUCUCGGCUGUUGACACUGAUCAAGAAUAUAUAUACUUUAUGGAGUUGGAGAUGCCUCCUUCUACCUGUUACAUACAUUUCCUGUCGGCACAAAGUUAUACUACCCUUCUACCCUGUGGGUAGCGGGUAUAAUUAGGCUUUUGACUUGGAUGUAUUUUCUUUUAAUUCCUCCAAAACGCAAUUUGCAAUUGUGACCGCAUCUUUGCUCACUGGACGUAAUUAUUGACCGUUAAUGGAUAUAAUAAUUUAUGGCGACACUUACACAAAAUGUUAAGGUUAUAAUUAAAAUAGUUGUAUUACAUUUUGAUUCUUUCAUUUCAAUUAACAAUUCAGCCAAGCUGAAAUAAGAUUAAUGCACCCUAAUGUGUUUAAAUCCUAGGUUGUCCUGGAGAGCAGAAAUGUAAUAGAGUGGCUGACCGCAUCUAUAGUCGUGCGUAUCUAUUGAAUCCCAAGCCACCAGGGCAUCGAAGUCAAUGAGAUCGCAGAUACCAUUCCAAAAGAAGGAGUAAGGUUUGAUAUUAGUAACUCUAGUAAUGUUCUGAUAUACAUGAGAUCUCUUGGCAGUAAAAUUGAAGUACACUCUAAGCUUUGGUGGGACUUGAGCUGGCGCUCAAAAUGCGACGAAACCGAAGUCAAGUCGAAGAGUUGUCGUUUUCGGGUUAAGGGCUGUCCCAGAUGAGCAAAAUUUUAAAUGUGCGGAAAAGCAAUAUAUUAGGACCCUAAAUUUGGCACGGAAAUGGUAAAAAAACAAAAAUUAGUGGCACACGUUUGCCUAUUAAAUAAAUGCAAUUACUAUUAAAAAAAAAAGCAUGCACCAACUAAUCAGUAAGAUAUGGCUCACGGAGAGCAUGCCCGAAGAUUGGAACCUCAGCAUGAUCUGUCCCAUCCUGAAGAAGGGUGAUGCCACGGUGCUCACCAACUACCGCGGAAUUAGUCUUCUUCCAAUUGCAUACAAGGUCCUAACGAGCGUAUUGUGUGAAAGACUAAAACCCAUGCUGAAGCACUGAUUGGACCUUUUCAGUGCGGGUUCAGGCCUGGCAAGUCCACUGUUGACCAGAUUUUCACCUUGCGCCAAAUCCUGGAGAAG